GUCGAUUUCUCCUCUCAACCACCACCACCCAAUAACACCUGUGUGCAUACACACGCACAUGCACACUGGCACACAGGUGGGUUCUUGAAGGUUGAGGGUCACACCUUGCCUGGGCCCCGCCAUGCCUGGGUGGGGCUUUCUUGGAAGGCAGGCUUAAAUAGGGAACUGUGGUCCUCUCCAAAUACUCUUGAUCAGUCAGUCAUCCUGACCACGUCUCUCUCCUAGAGGGUCCACAGAGUCUCUUGCAGAAGAAGCCACACAACAGUUGUCCCUGAAGGAAGACCUCCAGCACUCAGAAGAAGCCAGACGACAGCUGUCCCUGAAGGAAGACCUCCAGCAAAGUCCAUCAGCUGCAUCGGACCUUGUCUUGCACCUCUCCUCAAGUGCCAAGGCCGCAUUGCCACCAUGAUGCCAGGAGUGCGGCCCUGCAGCCCAACCGACAACCCGCUGCCCUGCUGGGCACCACAGCCAGAAGGACCCAAGCCUGCCAAGCGCCGACGCCUCCACGAGUGCACCUGCCCGGGGUCGCAGGCACAGCCAGACCUGGAAGCGCCCACCAGGCCGGCCAGCGAGCAGCUCACCACCACCACCUUGUUCCUGCCUGCUGGCCUUGCCCUGAAACUCCAUCUGGAAGGUGGAGACCUGCUGCUGGAGCCCGAGCCAGAUUCCGUCAGGAGAGUGACGCUCCCUGGACACACCAUCAUCGUGGUGCCCCAGGAUCUCCAGGACUCCACACAGACUGCACAGCCUGGCUUCUGGCCCUCCAGGCAGCAGGAUGCCACUCUCCUGGAAAUUCCCCAGUACCACCAGGUCAUCUUCCAGCAGGGAUUCUCCAUACAUCUGUAUCAGACACGCAAGACUGGGGAGACGCCUCUGACCCACAUGAAGACACUCAAGGAGGCUUAG